AUGACUUCUGACAAUCUAAUGGCUUCUGCUGAUGUGAUGAAUUCUAACAUUCUGAUGACUUCCAAUCUGAUGACUUCUGACGAUCUGUUGACUUCUGACGACUUAUUCAACACUCAAAUGAUUAAUAUGGUGCAACAAUUUUAUUUAAUGACGGAUUCUACUGCCCAAUUUUCGCAAGAAACUCAGUUAUAUACUUCGUUCGGUACCGUCUCGAGUGAGCAGUAUUAUUUGGAAAGCCAGGAGAUUAGAGAGUACAUUACCCUGGAAACCCGGCAGGAAAAUGAAUCAUUAAUUACGGUGGUGCACACAACUGCCAACGUUAGAGAGGGUAUUUCCGGACUUCCUCAAGUCGAAGAUAUUUCUGAACUUCCUGUAGUUGCGGAAAUUUCUGAACCUCCUGUAGCUGAGGAAAUUUCUGAACCUCUUGUAGCUGAGGAAAUUUCUGAAAUUCCUCUAGUGUAUCGAGGGGAAAAGCAGGUCCACAAUGACACUUUUGAUAGAGAUCCAUGCACUCUAGCGCACAAUUGCCUACCUCUAGAUCGCUACAGUGACAAGGCAAAUCGUAUAGGCUAUCAGAAACGCAUCGUGGCGUUGAAUAACGUUCCCGAUGAUCUUCGAAAUGUCCCUGGAGGAGGUGCUUUCAUGCAAUUGGAGACCGAAGACUUGCACGUAUACUAUUGUAAGGAGACCGUUGAAAUGGCUCGAGAUCAUGGGUUGUAUGCGCUUGUUGGAGAUGGCGUACACAACUUGAAUCCAGUUACAAUUCCCAACAGAAUGGAUAAAGGGCAGUUGUAUGUUCUUCAUGCAGCUGUACAAGGCGGCAUAGAGGUGCCCAUUCUUUACGCUGUUGCGCGGUACAAAAAUGUUGAAACAUACAAAACAAUAUUUGGAAGCCUUCGUGAAAUUUUGGGAGAAUUCAGCGAUAGAUUUAUCCUGGAUUUUGAAAAGGCAGCAAUUCGCGCAGCAAAAGAAACAUUUCCUGAGGCUGAUGUCCAAGGUUGCGCAUUUCACUUAGCGCAAUCUUGGAAUAGGAUGGCUGUUAAUUUGGGGGUUCAAAAAUUUGUAAAGGGGCCAAAAGCUGUUUUAGCAGUUAAAAAUUGGUGGAAAAUUUUGAAAGGGAUGGCAUACCUGCCAGAAGAGCUUCUAAACAGGGUGACGGCUCUUCUGGCCCCUCCGGUAAGUGAGGCACAUGCAGCAUAUGUGCCAUGCAACGAUUUUUUGAAAUAUUUGAACAGUAUUUAUUUUAAUGGUACAUUCAAGGGAAUGUGGUGUAAAUGGGACAUGCGGGAUUUCAGGACAACAAAUACAGCAGAAGCUUUUCAUAGCAAACUACGUGGUAUGCUGUCCAGGAGAAUCAAUCCACCCUUUGAGGAACUGCUGGAAUGUUUACAUGCCAUCAACACUGUGGCACUAGGAUCUUUAUACCAUAUCAAAGAAGUACAUACAUUGUAG